UUUCAUAACGCCUAUUUGAUGAGAUUUUCUCUUUCAGGUGGAAAUAAGGAUAACAUCAGAGCAGGAUGCAAGAAAUGUGGCUACCCUGGUCACCUGACAUUUGAGUGUCGUAACUUCCUCCGAGUGGAUCCCCAAAGGGAUAUCGUGUUAGAUGUUAGCAGCACGAGCAGUGAAGACAGUGAAGAAGAAGAGCUGCAAAGACUGCAAGCUCUACGUGAAAAAAAAAAUUUAAAUGAGGAAGAAGAAAGAAAGAAACAGAAAAAGAAGAGCAAAGAGAAAACAAAAUUAAAGAGAGCAAGGAAAAGGUCUUCCUCAUCAAGUACAUCUGAAGAGGAUAAGCCAAAAUCAAAAAAACAAAAAUCACAAAAAAAAGAAAGGAAAAAAGAAAAGAAGAAUAAAUCUAAGAAAGGAAAACAUCACAAAAAAGAGAAAAAGAAAAGAAAAAAGGAAAAAAGUUCAUCUUCUGAUAGUUCAGACAGCUCUAGUGACUGAGUUGCUGGCCUGAUUUUGUUUCCAAUUUCAUACAGACUAGAAUGUUUUUCCUUUGAAAGAAAUCCUAUUUAUGCUUUGUAAUGCUGUUGUUUUAAAGUGAUGCAUAUAUUUUUUGAAGAAAUCUAUUUGCAAAUAUCAGUGUUUCAGAUGAUUAAAUGGAUGUUUUGGAAAAAAGUCUACUCUUCUACUUCAAGAUUACUACUACCCAGCCAGGCAUGUUGGACUUUUUUUUUAAACUCUCAGUUCAGUUUUGAUUUAUUUGUGCCUUGAAUCCUUUAUACAAGGUAUGGCAAACUGCAUUUUACAAGUAAUUGUGUAGAAAAGUUCAGUCUUAAAUAUGCUUUUCAUUGAAACUGUUAAAUUUGCAAUUUAAAUAAGG